GACCCGGGCCCUCCGGGGCGUGUGCAGCGAGGAGCCGGCGGGCGAGCGGGCGUCCCUACAGCCAGCGAGCAGGAGGAGGAGCUGCCGCCGCGCCGGAGACGGCCGGGGGAGCCGAGGAGGGCGCCCCAGGUGGUUGCCCCCUCCCUCUCCUGAGAUGUCAGGAAGGAGGGGGCCACCUGUGUCCCCAACAGGGGCCCCCCGGAGCCUGGGGGCCCCCAGCCCUGGAGCUCGGAGGUGGAGGAGGUGCUGACAGGUGUUCAGCGAGAUGCUCCCCCACCCCUCAGGCUCCCUCCCCAUCCUCCUGCUUUUCCUCCUCCCCAGUGUCCCGAUGGAGCCCCACCCCCCACCCUCACCCCUGCCCCCAUUUCCAGCCCCUGAGUGGGACCUCUUGUCCCCCCGGGUGGCUCUGUCCAGGGGUACCCCCACGGGGCCCCCUCUGCUCUUUCUGCUGGAGUCUGGGGCCUUUGGGGAGCCAGCCAGCAGCCCAGCUAACCGCAGUCGGCGAGGGGUGAGCGAGACAGCACCAGCCAGUCGCCGUGGAGAGCUGGCCGUGUGUGAUGCAGUCAGCGGCUGGGUGACAGACCGCCGGACUGCUGUGGACCUGCGUGGGCGCGAGGUGGAGGUGCUGGGCGAGGUGCCUGCAGCUGGCGGCAGUCCCCUCCGCCAGUACUUCUUUGAAACCCGCUGCAAGGCUGCCAGUGCUGGGGAAGGUGGCCCUGGUGGGGGUGGAGGAGGCUGCCGGGGUGUGGACCGGAGGCACUGGGUGUCUGAGUGUAAGGCCAAGCAGUCCUAUGUGCGGGCAUUGACCACUGAUGCCCAGGGCCGUGUGGGCUGGCGAUGGAUUCGAAUUGACACCGCCUGUGUCUGCACGCUCCUCAGCCGGACUGGCCGGGCCUGAGACCCAGGCCCAGGAACUGGGCAGGUAGAGGAAGAAGGAACUGGAUGCUGAAGGACCUCAGGAGUAGCCUGGUUGCUCUAGGCCUCAGUCUGGGAACUUGUCAAAUGGUCACACAAAAUCACAAUGCUCUGGUUUUGAGACCUCAUUCUGGGAAAGACAGAUGAUGAAACCAAAUGGGGUUUUGAAGGAUGAAUAGGAGUUCUCCUGGAUGAACUUGAGGGUAAAACGAAGAUGAUGAUGAUGAUAGCCAA